GUUUGAAUCAUCAUCAUCAUCAACAACAAAACAUUUUUGGUUGGCAAUCGAUUCUCAUCUUUCCUAUAGUGAACAACAUACAUACAGAAACACAGAGAGAUAGAUAGAUACUUUAUAUAGAAAGUUACAUAUAACUGUAAUAUAUUUUUACACCACCAUUACACAUUGUUGAAUUUUUCUUUUCUUUUCUUUUUCUUUUUCUGGUUAUGAAUUUUCAAUUCUGCAAGUAAAAAAUAUUAUGAUUUUAACUUUGGCGCGACAACCAACAAACCAAUCAUUUCGCAUACAGACACAAAUCACACACAACGAUCAUCAUCAUCAUUGUCGAAAUCCAAAAUGAACAGAAUUUGAAUUUGAAACGCUCAACCAAAAACGAAUCAAAUUUUUUUUCCACAAUUAAAUCAACACAGAAUUUUGAUUCUUGAUUUGUUUCUUCUUGUUGGAAUUCUGGAAUUACAUCUUUCUCUGUGUUUGUUUGUGUGCGUACAUCACUGAUUGUCGUCAAGAUUUCGAUUUCUUAUCCAAAGUCGUAUUGAAAACUUGCAUAUAAAUCAUCAUCAUUUUCAACCAACCAACCAAUCAACCAACAAGUGCAAAUUAUUAGAAGAAAAUAUCGAUAUCCUGUGUGCGGCGUAUUUGGUGUUUGUUUUUGUUUGUUUUUUUUCUCCAAAAUAUAUUUAAUAUAUUUUUUUCGGUUAAAAUUUAGUUGAAUUUAGUUGCUGCUUAAUUUAUUUAGAAUUAAGCUUGCAACUAAUUCAAAAAUAAUAAUUUCAAUCAAAACGGCGUCCUAUAAGCAACAACGUUCAUAUGAACUAGACACUGAGUGGCCAGUAUGUAGUCCGGUAUCGAUUGGAAUGGAUUCCAAUUUUUAUGAUCAUCAUCAAUCACCAUUAAAUAAUAAUAAUAAUAAUAAUUCAUUUGAUACAAAUAAAUUAUCAACAACAACAACAACAACAAAUCGUGUUACAAAGUGUGUUUCACCAUUACAAUCGCUUGUACAUAGUACAACAAAUAUUAAUAACGGUUCGGAUGUUGGUAUUACAACCGAUCUCAGUAGUCCUGAACUUACAUUUGAUCAUAUUUCAAUACAACAAUUUAUAACAAACGAUCAGAACGAUAAUAAUAAUCAUCAUCAUCAACAACAACAGGAAUCAUUAUUUUCUGGAUUAAUAUCAAACAAUCAACAACAACAGCAAAAAAAUCAAGUGAUUACAGGUGGUUUAAACCACCACCACCAUCAU